GACUCCAAAGACUGGCACUAAAAGAAAGAAAUUGGACAAAAGGAGAAUAACAAAGUGCUGUGUAUUCUGCACGAAGAUGUCAACCUGGAAAGUUUCACCACCAGAGCAGAAUGGGACACCCUAAUGUGCCACUCAUGUACACUUACGCACGUUCCCACAAGGAUAAACACAAAUCCAGUCGACUGCAACCCUACACACCAAACGACAACCUGAACAAUGCCUUAGGCUCUAUCAGAGUGCUUGGUUUGGAACUGAUCGCAGACGAACUUAGACCACAUCUGAACACAGUGCUGAUCAACAUUAAGGAAAGAACGAAAGGCGCUGAUGAGCAGGUAGUGAUCAGUGGGAUCUUGCCAAUUCUGGCACUGUCUCUGAGGAGCAGGGGGCCCCUUACUCUGCUGACCGCAAAACUGGUAGCUGAACUCGCCAAAGAAUCUGUGGUUCGUAAAGGUUUCAGUGACGCGGGUUUGGUUACGGCUUUGCUGUCUGUGCUGACCAGUCCAGACCAAGAACUGCUCCUUCACGCUGUAAGAGCCAUCUCACGCAUGUCCUAUGACAGCUCUAAGCUGCAGGAACUGUUACUACGUCGAGGUGCAGUGCCUCGUCUUGUUGCCAUCCUGCUCCGUUUCCCUGAGACAGAGGCUCUGGAGGAAGUGUGCCUUCAGGCCCUCUGUAACCUCAGUGGCAUGGGAGUGGCAGAGGAGGCUGGCAUAGUCUGGGAGAGGGGUGUAUCUGUGAGGCCAGGAGAGUCGGUUUUUCAUGGCGUUUCUCCUCACACCUGUGGUCUGGCCUCCUCUGUGACUCUGGUGUGUGUGUCUCAAUGGGCGCCGGGUCAAUACGCGGUCAACAUCGAGGUUUUCCAGCGCUACUCCUCCUCUUUCUGGAGCCUUCACGGGAACAAACGGCACACUCGUUGGUUCCCGUUCUCCAGCUUGGGAAGCUAUUCAAAUCUAUACAAGGUGAUCAAGUUCUCUACGAGGAGUGUUCCCCGAACUAAAAGUCUGAAGACUCGCGUGUUCCACACUUUCCUCUGACAGCUUAAAUACUAUAUAAUAUAAUCUGGUAUUAUAGUUAUAUCAAACUCUGAGGGGAUUAUACAGCCUGUCUAAUUGCACCACCAAUUAUUGGUAGGCUACACACCAAAACACCAGGGGAAUGUUUACACACCAUAAUGCCCACUUGGACAUUUACGUUAUUUGUGUUUAGGACCCCCUCGAAAAUGAGAUGCUACAUCUCAAGGGGCUAUCCUUUCAAUACAAUUCUAAUGAAAUGCUACUAAAAAUCUCUUGUCAACUACUGUUGACUUUUAUCUUAUAUUUUUGCUCUGUUUGUUGGCAUUUUGACUUCUAUAACCACCUGCUUAAUGUAAAAUAAUAGUCGGUCACAGCUCAUUUUAAUGAUUGAGCUAUUAUGGGAUCCUAUGCCAUGCAGUACGGUUUGUUUUUUGUGCAAUAGUUGAAUCAGGAAUAAGGAAAACACUAUGAAUAAAAACAAAUUAUGCAUCAGAACAUGAAAACCUUAAAAAAAAAAAUGAAUGUUCCAAUGAUGUCCUUGCUGUUGAUUUGUACACAAGUGCUUGAAAUAAUUGUGAAUUUCUUUUCUAGGCAGCAAUAAUGAUCCGUGUUUUUUUCUACAGUGCAAGUGUUUCAUUUUGUACUAUGGCUCACUCAAUUUUUUUGAUCUUUGACUCCACUCCACUUUAAACAAUAAAUGCCUUGACUUUUAAUGUGUGCAUGUGUCUUUGCAGCAGGCGAACAAGGUCAUUGUAGUCAGGGGUUAGUUUGUAAAUAAUGUGAGCACACAAAUAACUAAUUUGCUGAAUUUGUAAUAACUGACAUCUGUUUAUGCAAAAAAAAAUGUUUUCUUAA